AUGAAACAUGAAGAUUACUUAGUAACGUUGGUAAAAGACAUUGUAAAAACAGUGGUUAAAAAAGUUGUACAGAACCUGAAUAUGUUUCAAAGGAAACAGCGAAAACGUGGGUCACAUUUAUGUUAUGUGUGUUGGCGAAAAGGGCACUUGGCUUAUUUGUGUCCAUCUAUAAAAGAUCAAAGUUAUGAUCGAAGUUUAAAUUAUAAUGUGAUGGAUGUUUGCCAUGUAGAAGUUGGAAGAAAGAAGCAUGAAGGAUUGAAACGUAGUGGAAAAAUUAAAAUGGAACAAAAAGUUGAUGGUAAAAAUAGGGACAAUGAUGAAGUGGUAAAAAGGGUAAAGGUAAACAGAAAGUUUGCAAAAGCAUCGAUUAGGCUCAGUUCAUCUUUAAAUUUAAUGAGCAUGAGAUACGUGAGAAGCAAAGGACUUACCUGGAAAUGUUUGAAUGAAGAUGAUGAAGUUAUUGAGUAUGUUCCUGGUAUUGAAAUCGAUGUUGAUGGUGUUAAAGUAGUCCAAGAAUUUUAUGUUAAGCAUGAAUUAGCUUCUGAUGUCAUUCUUGGAAUGCCAUGGGUUAUGAAAACAAGGUGUAGUUUUGAAUGGAAGGAUAGAAAAUGUCACUAUGUUAGGCGUAUUAAAGGUAAAUUGACGGAGACUGAUAGUGCUGGCGAAGAGAAAAAGAAAUGUAGUGAUAGAAAAGACAAUAAUGUUGAUAAUAAGGCUGAGUUUGAUUAUAAUGGGGGUGAAGCUGCAGAUGGCAGAACGAAUGAAUCUGGAAAAGAUUACCACGAAAGUAAAAUCGAAAAUGAAAAAGAUGAACAAAAUGUAUUUGUUCAAUGUCAAAGCCUUGGGAAAAUGAGUUGUAGUAAUGAAACACGUGAUCACAAGUGUGAUGAUAAGAAUAAACAAUGCAUUGGAUUAGGAGGAGCAUCUAUGAGUCACCCUAGCACUAUACGAACAUUGAAUAGCAUGUUAAAGGCUAAACGUAAUGUGAAUAAUUUUGUAAGGUUAAAUGGUGUAAGCUGCCGAAGGGUGAAAACAAGUAGAAAAGUCGUGAAUAAUGUGUAUGCGAGUUUAGUUGAAG